AUGACUUCCACCGAUUCCUACAUUGCCAUCCCGGGCUCGGUGGCGUACUCCCGCUCUCGCGGUCAUGCCAUUGCUGCGAGCUUGGGUGUCAAGGAUGUCCGAGCCCAGUGGGUUCACUACGUGCAUACCUCGCAGCCCCUCAAUGAUGCACAGCGUGCCGUUCUUGAGCAACUGCUGAAAUACGGCGACAUCACCGAUAUUCCCCCCACCUUCAACUCCGCCGAUGGUCAAUUCGAGACCUUCUACAUUUUCCCCCGAACCGGAACCAUCUCGCCAUGGAGCUCUCAGGCUACUGGUAUCGCCCACGUUUGUGGUCUGCGCCAGUCUGUCGUGCGUAUCGAGCGUGGUCUGAAGAUCUCAUGCCUUCGUGAGGCAGCUCAAGAAUACAAGGACGGUUACAAGGAUCUUCUGCAUGAUCGCAUGACUCAGAUCAUCAGCGACGAGGAGCCUGACCUGCAACUGAUGUUCUCUGAGCACGCUACUCAGCCUUUAAAGACUAUCUCCUUGCAGGGUGGUGACAAGUCUCCCAAGCAGAUUCUCCAGGAGGCCAACAAGGAAUUGGGUCUUGCUCUGGAUGACUCUGAGAUUGAGUACUUGGCUGAGGCUUAUGGCCCGAAUGGUGCUAUUGCCCGUGACCCUACUGAUGUCGAGCUGUUCAUGUUUGCCCAGGUUAACUCAGAGCACUGUCGCCACAAGCAAUUCAACGCCUCGUGGGUCAUCGAUGGCAAGCAGAUGCCCAACAGCCUCUUCGCCAUGAUCCGCAACACCCACAAGAAACACCCCGAACACACCGUCAGCGCUUACAGUGACAACUCUGCUGUGCUGGAGGGUUCCGAAGCCGCUUUCUGGGCUCCUGACCCGACCACCGGAGAGUGGAUGCACACCAAGGAAGUCGUUCACUUCUUGGCCAAGGUCGAAACCCACAACCACCCCACUGCUGUUUCCCCCUACCCGGGUGCCGCUACCGGUGCCGGUGGUGAGAUUCGUGACGAAGGUGCUACCGGUCGUGGCUCUCGCCCCAAGGCCGGUCUUUCCGGCUUCUGUGUCUCUGACCUCUUGAUUCCCGGCUUCAAGCAGCCCUGGGAGAUGGACGUCGGCAGGCCAAACCACAUCGCAAGCAGCUUGGAUAUUAUGCUGGAGGCUCCUAUUGGUAGCGCUGCUUACAACAAUGAGUUUGGUCGUCCUUGCACUGGUGGUUACUUCCGCACACUCCUCACUGAAAUUGAUGUUGGCAAUGGCCAGAAGGAGAUUCGUGGAUACCACAAGCCCAUCAUGAUUGCUGGUGGUGUCGGUACCGUUCGUCCUCAGCACGCCUUGAAGAACCCUGAUAUUGUCAAGCCUGGUUCUUUCCUUGUUGUCCUGGGUGGCCCAGCCAUGCUGAUUGGUCUUGGAGGUGGUGCUGCCUCUAGUAUUACUUCUGGUGAGGGGUCUGCAGACCUUGACUUCGCCAGUGUUCAGAGAGGAAACGCUGAGGUCCAGCGCCGAGCUCAGGAGGUCAUCAACGCCUGUGUUGCAAUGGGCGACCACAACCCCAUUAAGUUCAUCCACGAUGUUGGUGCCGGUGGCUUGUCCAACGCCCUUCCCGAGCUGAUCCACGAUUCUGGCCUGGGAGCCAAAUUCGAGCUGCGUGAGGUCGAUAGCACCGACAAGAGCAUGAGCCCCAUGCAAAUCUGGUGCUGUGAAGCUCAGGAGCGCUACGUUCUUGCCGUUGGCGAGGAAAGUAUGAACAAGUUCACUGCUAUUGCUCAGCGUGAACGCUGCGGUUUCUCUGUGGUUGGCCGUGGCGGUGGUGAUUCCGAGGAGGAGAAGAGACUGAUCCUGCUGGAUCGCGAUUCUAAGGAGUACCCCUCUCCCAUCGAUCUGCCCUUGUCUGUGCUCUUUGGCAAGCCUCCUCGCAUGACCAGAACUGUCGACUCGCGCAAGCUGACCUUGCCCGCUGUGGACUCCAGCCUCGUCAAGUACCUGCCUUCGCUCUCUACUAAGGUGGAGCUGGUCAGCGAGGCCGUCAACAGAGUUUUGUCCUUGCCUGCCGUUGGCUCCAAGUCUUUCCUGAUCACUAUUGGUGACCGUACCGUCGGUGGUCUUACUGCCCGUGACCAGAUGGUCGGCCCGUGGCAGACUCCUGUUGCCGACGUUUCGGUUACUGCCACCUCUCUGCUCCAGGGUGUUAAGACUGGUGAGGCUAUGUCCAUGGGUGAGAAGCCUACUCUGGCUCUGAUCUCUCCGGCUGCUUCCGCUCGCAUGGCCGUUGCCGAGUCUCUAAUGAACCUUGCCGCCGCUGAUCUGGUGGACCGCCUCAGCCAAGUCAAGCUUUCCGCCAACUGGAUGUCUGCCAGUAGCCACCCCGGUGAGGGCGCUGCUAUCUACGAGGCCGUUGAGGCUAUCGGCUUGGAUCUCUGCCCCAAGCUUGGAAUCAGUAUCCCUGUUGGAAAGGACUCAAUGUCCAUGAAGAUGAAGUGGAAGGACGAGGCCUCGAAUGAGGCCAAGGAGGUUACCGCGCCUAUGUCGUGUGUCAUCUCUGCCUUCGCUCCUGUCGCCGAUUUCCGCAAGACCUGGACUCCCGCCCUCCGCAGCUAUGAGGAGGUCGGAGAGACUGUUCUCAUGUUUGUUGACCUUGCCUUUGGUCGUAAGGCCCUUGGUGGCUCGGCUCUUGCUCAGGUCUUCGGCGAAGUUGGUGCUGAGUGCCCUGACAUCCGCAAUGUCGAGAUCUUCCGUGACUAUUUCGAUGCUACCCAGCAGCUCCAGGAGUCUGGCAUCGUUCUGGCCUACCACGACCGAUCCGAUGGUGGUCUUUUGACCACUCUUGCUGAGAUGAUGUUCGCCGGUCGCUGUGGUGUUGAGAUUAUGACCGACAACGUCGCCGCCUCCUUCCACACCCCGGAUGUUGUCGAGGCACUCUUUAACGAGGAACUCGGUGCCGUCUUCCAAGUUCGCAAGGAGCACGAGAUUCAGUUCCGUUCCUGCUUCGCCACUUGCGGCCCCCCUGCCGGUCUGAUUCACAAGAUUGGUCGCGUCUCUGAAAAGAAGAAGCAGGACCUUGUCAUCUACCACAAGGCUUCCCUGAUCUACCGCAACACUCGUGCCAACCUGCAGCAGACCUGGGCCAAGACCUCCUACCACAUGCAGAAGAUCCGUGACAACGCCGAGUGUGCUGAGCAGGAGUUCGAGAACAUCCUCGACAACACCAAUCCUGGUCUGUCCUGGAACCCCUCCUUCGACCCCAAGGACCGCGGACUGCCCUUCAUGACCAGCCUUUCUCAGUAUUCGCCCUUCACCAACAAGCCUCGCGUCGCCAUUCUGCGUGAGCAGGGUGUUAACAGUCAGGCCGAGAUGGCCUUCGCCUUCCAGACUGCCGGCUUCUCUGCUGUGGAUGUCCACAUGACCGACAUCAUCUCCGGCCGUGUCUCCCUGGCCAGCUUCGCCGGUCUCGCUGCCUGCGGUGGUUUCUCCUACGGUGACGUCCUGGGUGCCGGUCAAGGUUGGGCCAAGUCCGUUCUCCUGCACGAGAACACCCGCAAGGAGUUCCAGGCCUUCUUCGAGCGCCCCGACACCUUCGCUCUCGGUGUCUGCAACGGUUGUCAGUUCCUGUCUCGCGUGAAGGAGCUGAUCCCCGGUACCCGCAACUGGCCCAGCUUUGAGCGUAACACCAGCGAGCAGUACGAGGGCCGUGUCUGCAUGGUCCGCAUCUCAGACCCUGACCCGUCGCGCCCCAGUGUCUUCUUCCACGGUAUGGACGGAUCUUCGCUCCCCAUUGCCGUUGCCCACGGUGAGGGCCGUGCCUCGUUCGCCGGUACCCCCGGUACCUCUGCAACGGACUUUGUCCGCGAGGGUCUUGCCCCUGUUCGCUUCGUCGACAACGCCACCCUCAAGCCUACUACCCGCUACCCCUUCAACCCCAACGGUAGUCCCGAGGGUAUUGCCGGUGUGCGUAGCCCCGACGGCCGUGUCCUGGCCAUCAUGCCUCACCCUGAGCGUACUGUCAUGAACGGUAUUGCCAGUUAUUUGCCGCAGGCUGCUGAGAACUGGGGAGACGUUGGUCCUUGGGGACGUAUCUUCUUCAGUGCCAGACGCUGGGUCGGUUAA